GGGUCCACACAACGCAAGCCACGCGCGCGUCACAAAACCCCACCACCCCAUCUGAUCCGACGGCCUAGAUCGCUCCUUUUGCCGCACAAUUCCCGCCCUCUUUUCCACCCCCAUGUCGCCGCCGGGGGCCGGCGCCGCCUCCUCCGGCGACGGGUCGCCGGGCCGCCCGCCGCGGGAGCUCUACACCAUCCCGGCCUCCUCGGGUUGGUUCCGGUGGGAUGAGAUCCACGAGACGGAGCGGCGGGCGCUGCCGGAGUUCUUCGGCGGCGCCGGGGGGAGCGGGUUCGGGACGGCGUCGCGGAACCCCCGGAUCUACAGGGAGUACCGCGACUACAUCAUCAGCAAGUACCGCGAGGACACCUCCCGACGCCUCACCUUCACCGAGGUCCGCAAGGCGCUCGUCGGCGACGUCACGCUGCUCCGGAAGCUCUUCGGCUUCCUCGACUCCUCGGGCCUCAUCAACUUCUCCGCCUCCCCCUCUCGUCCGGGGCAGCAGCAGGAGGCGGAAGCCGUCGUGGAGGCGCCCGUGGGGCUGCAGGUGACGCCGCGGCCGCCGGCGUCGUACUUCGCGGAGGAUAAGAGAGGAGGGGCCGGGGAGAACGGGUUCCGAUUGCCUCCGCUGACCUCGUACAGUGAUGUGUUUGGAGAAUGGGCUCCCGGGAUGGGGCCUAUAUGUGGGUUCUGUGGUGAGGUGUGCAGCGACGGGAGUGUCCAAACGUUGAAGGAUGGCUUUAAAGUAUGCUCGAAGUGUUGUGCCAAUAAUGCUAAUAAGGGAGAAGCAAACAUACAUCCAGGUGACAGUAAGGAGCAUACUGACAAUCAUGCUUCUAGUGCAUGGACAGAUGCAGAAACUCUCCUUCUCUUAGAAGGUGUUCUAAAACAUGGAGAUGACUGGGAUCUCAUUGCUCAGCAUGUCCGCACUAAGAAUAAAUCAGAAUGCAUUGCAAGGCUUAUUCAGUUGCCUUUUGGUGAACAUAUGCUGGGCACAGUAAAUGGUAAAUUGGAUGGCAGGCUCCAUAAAAGCCAAACAACCGAUGGAAAAGUGAACAAGUCCACUGUGAAGGAGUCUUCAAGUCAACCAUCUGAAACGGUUGACAGCAUGCAGAUUGAUGGAAAUGAAAAUGGCACUGAUAAAUCUAUUGAAGAACGUCCUGCAAAACCUAGACAGUUAUUUUCUUCAAUAGAUACCACUGUCUCAUUAAUGGAGCAGCUAGCGCUGCUUACCACAUCAACAAGCCCAGAUGUUGUUGCUGCGGCUGCUGACGCCGCAAUUAAAGCACUGGGUAAUGAAAAUCCCCAAGCAAGGAGAGCUUUUCUACUCAGUGAGAAAGAGUACCAGACCAGGACAUUAUCUUCUAACCACGUCCGACGGAGUGAUGACGUCGUUGGUGGGCAGGACGUGGAGAUGCAUACACACCCUGAUAAAAAGCAGGGGAAGAUGUUUAUUUCUACCGCAUAUCAAGUAAGGGCAGCUGUUGCUACAAGUCUAGGUGUAGCUGUUGCCCGUGCUAAAAUGCUUGCAGAUCAGGAAGAGCGGGAAAUGGAGCUCCUAAUGGCAUCCAUAAUUGAAACUCAGCUAAAAAAGAUCCAGUACAAGAUCAAACACUUUGAGGAGCUAGAGUUGAUCAUGGAUCAAGAAUAUGCUACUAUACAGCAAAUAAAGGUCUCCCUCGUCGAUGAAUGGCUAAAGGUCCUCAAGCGAGCAUUUGAGAGUGGAACACCGAUACCGAGGGAUGAAGUGCUUAUAAAGUUGUUCCAAAACAAGCCAAAUCUGUAGAGAAGUUGACCUGAUUCAUUUAGAAGAAACUCCUCGAGGGAGCAUUUGAGGCUGGAAUAUCAAUUAUCUAUACUGUGGGAUGAAAUACUUACGAUGCUGUUCGUGUACCAUCCCUACUCGGAGAAGUUGACUGAAGUCAGAUUAGCUCUGCUCUGAUCUGCCAUACCAUAGAGCACCUCAUCUAAAAGUUAACAUUAUGCGUGUCCAAGAGGGCGGCUGUAAAGGUGCUGAUCGAGCUUUCGGUUGAUCUCAAAAUUUUGCAUUUGAGAUCACAUCAAACCUCUGUAGUCUGUACCAUCAUCCUGUGUAAUUUGCACAUUACUGCUCCGUUAUUACCAACCAACUAGGUUAGAAACUUAGAAUGUUAGACAACAGGUGCUGCUAAUAGAUUCCUGUAUCCGUCUACAUUUCGUUGAUUUAAUUUGUUGGAAUGCCCAAACCUUCCUCCAGUUGGGGGUUUCUGUAA